GCCGCCGCCGCCAUGUUCCGCAGCCUGUUGGUGGCGGCGGCGCAGCGGCCCCAGGCCCCGGGCGGACCCCCACGGCCUCCCCCCGCCGCCGGACCCGCGGCCGAGGCGCUGGAGGCUCAGUUCAGCUGCCCCAUCUGCCUGGAGGUGUUCCACCGCGCCGUGGGCAUCGCGGGAUGCGGACACACGUUCUGUGGCGAGUGCCUGCAGCCCUGCCUGCAAGUGCCAUCCCCGCUCUGCCCGCUCUGCCGCAUGCCCUUCGACCCCAAGAAGGUGGAGAAAGCUUCCAGCGUGGAGAAACAGCUCUCAUCCUACAAAGCUCCCUGUAGAGGCUGCAGCAAGAAGGUGACCCUGGCCAAGAUGCGCUCCCACGUCUCGUCCUGUGCCAAGGUGCAGGAGCAGAUGGCCAACUGCCCCAAGUUUGUUCCAGUUGUGCCCACAUCCCAGCCUAUCCCCAGCCACAUCCCCAACCGCUCCACGUUCGUGUGCCCGUACUGCGGCGCGCGGAACCUGGACCAGCAGGAGCUGGUGAAGCACUGCAUGGAGAACCACCGCAACGACCCCAACAAAGUGGUGUGCCCAGUCUGCUCAGCCAUGCCCUGGGGGGACCCCAGCUACAAGAGUGCCAACUUCCUCCAGCACCUCCUCCACAGGCACAAGUUCUCCUACGACACCUUCGUGGACUAUAACAUUGAUGAGGAGGCAGCGUUGCAGGCUGCCCUGGCACUGUCGCUCUCGGAGAACUGAUGCUGACUGAUCCCCCUCAGCACACUCAGCCUUCCUGCCCUGGGGAGGCACAGGGCUCCUCAGCUCCUGGAGACCCACUGCUGCUGCUCUUCCCUCUGCUCUCAGAGCAGAUCCCACCUUGUUGGAGAAGCUGGAGUCUCUGAGGAGCGAGCAGACAUCCGCUGCUGGGAGGAGAGGAGCCAGCGCCCACCGAGGACUGGCAUCGCCCUUCAGUUUGGGAGCAGGGGCUGGGAUCCCCCCUCACAGCUUGGUUUAGGAGCAGGGGCUGGGAUCCCCCUCACAGCUUGGUUUAGGAGCAGGGGCUGGGAUCCCCCUCACAGCAUGGUUUGGGAGCUGUGCACCGAGUACCUGCAUCCGCAUCUCUUGGUUCGUAGAUGCUUUCUGGCACCGUCCCUCUUCACGCUCUCUUGUUGCAAUCCAACAGGAUACCUAAAAACUCUGCUGCAGAAGCGCCCAACCCUGGAACUGCGACCAGCCACGGCCUUUCUGAAAGGGAAGAAAACCUGGCCCGGAGCAUCUUUCAGCUCUCUGUGAGCAAGAAGCCGUUUCUCAGCAGCGUGGGUCGCUCCCUCCUUUGCCCGCUGCUGUGAGGCCGUUGCUCUCGUGUGCCCCCUGAUGGCAGCGGCUCCGGAGGAGGCGGAGGGGACCUGCCCCUUUCCCGGGGACACUGUCCCCGCCCUGGUUUUGUAGCUCCUGUUGUGAUACCGAGCUCCCGCCGUUGCUUUUGUACGUGACUCGGCGCGACGCCCUUUCCGCCUUUUGUGGAGUGGGAGCAGCGGCUCUUCCCCCUUCCCGCUGCGAUCCCCAGCGCCAGGGACAAGCCUAUUUUUAUGGAACAUUACUAAGAAAGUCUAUUUUUUAAAGAAAAACCCCACCCCACAACCAAGGAACUCGCUGGGAGCUGGAAAUGAGGGAGCAGGAGCCAGAGCCUGGGCUGGAGAUGGGACCCUGCGAGGGAAGCACGGUGUGCUCAGCCCUCCUCAGCCUUCCCCUGGCUCCUCGGGGUGUUCCUCCACAGGCUGCUGCUGGAGCAGCGUGGCUGCAGCAGCCUGGCACCCUCCCAGCUGCCUUUUUGAGGAGCAGCAGCACCAGUGACCUUCUCUGCGAGCUGCUGAGCCUGGUGGUGUGUGGGUGAGCUGGGGGUGGCUUCGCCCUCGUGGCACAGCUCUGGGGCAGGGGUUGGGUUCCCUGUCCAUGAGGAAACAGGCAGGGUCCUUGUGGCAUGCUGGCACUUGGCACAGAGCAGCUGGGUUGCCUCUGGGUUGCAGGGGGGACGUGUGCCAGUAUGAGACCUCAGCUGAACACCUUGUGCCCCUGGAACAGGAGACUGUCAUCUCCCUGGCCCUGGAACAGGGCACAUGUUGAUGCAAGAGACGCUCUGAGGCAUUCCAAGGAACCUGUGCUCCCUGGUGCCCUCUGCCCAGCCCACUGCUGGGGGUUGGCUCUGCUGGGCUGGGAGAAGGGGAGCAGGGAGAUCUCUGCCAGCCUGGCACAGCCUUGCUCUGUCACCCCCACACCAUGCCAAAGGGCUGUCACUGCUGCUGGGGGAGAGGAGCUUUGUGCUGGGACCCUUUGGGGUCACAGCAGCCACAGGAUCAACCCAGGGGUCUCAGCAAAGGGACUACAGGGAGGUGGGCAUGGGUGAUGCCCCCUGCCCUGCCCCCUUCAGCAGGGGUUUGCAGAGAAGAGGGGUGGGAGAGCAGCCCCUCUGCGUGUCCCUGCCAGGGAAGUGCCCUUCUGGGGUUCACCCUACACCCAGCUGCCCUCUAGCAAUACUGUCUUGUUUUUUUACUCUUGAUUUCAACGGUACUGGGUGGUUUUGUGGGGCUGGGAGCUUCCCCUGUGCUGUUGAGUGGGCACAGCCCAUCCACUCCCCUGGCAGGAGGCAGGGGAAGGGCUGGAGCUGCCUUGCUGCCCCCUCCCAGGCUGGGCUUGGGAGGAGGGAGGGAGGGGUCUCCCCUCACCAGCAUGGCACUGCUGGCAGCUCCCCAUGCCAGGGCACGUCCCUGGUGGGAUGGGCAGCACUGGCAUCCCCCAGAAGGGAACCCAGCAGGGUUUCUGUGCCCCAUCCUCAGCUGGGACCCUGGGUCCCAGAGCAGCCUCCAUCCCAGCUCCCUGACACAGCACUAGGAACCUCUUGCUCUCUUCCUCUUUCUUCCUUUUCGUGCCCCACAACCCCAGAGCAGGGGCACAGCAGCUGCUUUUGUAAAGCACUCCCAGGGCUGUGCUGGGAGGCCACGGGCUGGCAGGGGCUGGGAGCAGCCGUGCCCUGUGCCAGGGCCGUGCUCAGCAGUGUGUCACCCGCCACUUGGGGCAGAAACACAACUUUUAACCAGAUGUCCUGUGUUUUUUGAAGCAGAAUUCAAUGGCAUUUGUAGCCAAGCAGGGUUUUUUUCUCAAUAAAGGCAGUUUCAUCCACGGGCAGCCUCGC